GAGCAUGCUCUGUAACUCAGGAAAAUAUCAGCUAUGUAGUCCUACGAAGAAGAAGGGAGCACUUCUGGACACUACUAGUUGGCAUUUCUGUGAUCUUGUAGUAGAUUUAUAUCCAUACAUUGGACUGAAAGUGUAAACAGUUGAAACAAGGUCUGAAUGCUUCAGCACCUCACCUGCGAACAUGAAAUUCAGAGGUACCGGAGGACGAGGAAAUUUCUUGAGGUCCCUGGCACUUGUUGUAGGCUGUGGAUUGGCAUGGUACCUCGGGCAAAUGUGUGCAGUUCUAUUGCCCCCAGAUUCCUUUUCAGUUGCUGUAAUCCAGAUUGCAGGGAAGCCUUCCCUCAACGCCCCUCUUCCUAAAAGGCAGAAGUGUGAUCACUCGUCUCCGUGCCCAGUCGGAAGCUUUGCGUUCAGGCUGCUAAGUGGAGGGGGUGACAACAAUUACCCCACAAUCUGCUUCGAAGAAGUCAUCAUGAAAGAAGGGAAGGGAAACACAAGAGCAGGAAUAAACAUUGCAGCUGUUGAUGCUGCCACUGGAAAGGUUCACAGCUCAAAUAGCUUCAACAUGUGGGAAGGAGACAAUGCAGGACCGCUGAUAAAGUUUAUCAACGAGAUUCCAAACAAUUCAUUUGUUCUAAUGGCCACUUAUGAUGAUGGAAGCACUAAGCUGUCACAAGAAGCUAGAAAGGAAAUUGAAAAACUCGGGAGUAAGGAGAUUCAGCAGAUUGGUUUCCGGUCAAGUUGGGUCUUUAUGGGAGCUAAAGGAUUCACCCUGCCUGAUGGAAUGAAGAACGAAAAGUUUGUAUUUUUUAUUUUGCAGAUUAAUCACUCAAACAAAGAGAAAAAUAGAUACAAUGGCUGGCCAGCAGAAGUACAAAUAGAAGGCUGUAUCCCGCGAAGGCAGUGAUUGAAGGGGUCGUGCAACUCUUUCACUAGGAUCAUUGUGUUUGCUUUCAUAAAAUUAAGGGGUUAAGUAAUAAAUAUAUGUGUUAUAUGUUGUUGUAAUUAAUUAUUAUAUUUAAAGAUAUGCAGCUAUGGCCAAAAGUUUUCAUCUCCCUA